AUGGCGGAUGAUGCCAUUAAAGAGCAGUUAGAGAACGCCCACAAAGCGUUCGAGGCACGGAAUUAUCAGGCGUGCGAGUCAAUUCUCCAGAAGCUGCCACAAGAAGAUUUACAGGCAAAACAUAAUUUGGCCAUUGUGCGACUGCUGCAGAACCACGCCGAUGUGGAGCAGACCAUCGCGGCGCUGGCCGAUAACUCGACAGAGGGCCUCCCUGCGCUGAAUGAGAAGGAGGGGGAUUCAAAGCAUCCUGUUGCCCUGCUGUAUGAAGGGCAUGAGACGGCGCACUUUAAUCGUGCGCUGCUUCUGGCACGGUCCGGACUCUUAAACGAGGCGGCAGUUAUUUUGCGUGGCUUGCUUGGGAUGCACAACAGUAUUAAGCCCGCGGUCCUGGGGCGUGUAUUGUGCCUCUUACAGACAAUUACACGUAUUCCGACCAAGGCACAUCACCGUCAGCGUUCCGAUGAGGACUUGAUUCAGAAAGUGGUCACGGAAGCCAUGGGCAAGUUUACAAAAGAUCCGGCCCUUCUCAGUAUGAUAAGAGGGACCUUUGCCGACUCCAGCGCCAUUCAUGAAAUGCCCCACAACUCCGACGCAGACCGGGCUGUUUACUUUAACAAUGUCGGAGUUCUGAUAAUGGGUGAUGCCAAAAUGAACGUGGCGUCCCUUUGCUUUGCAAAGGCAGAAAAAGCCGUUGCGCAAUGCAACACCCCGUUGAUGCGGCACCCCAUUGUUUACAACGCAGGUCUUUGUGCGUUAUUACGUGGUGAGCAUGACAGUGCCAUUACUUGUUUUCUUUCCGUGCAGGAGUUUAUGAAGAAGUCUCCGCUGUUUUGGGUGCGGUUUGCAGAGGCUGCUGUUGCUAAGCUGCAGAAAGAGGCGCAUAAAACGGCUCUGGAGGAGUAUGAACGCAUGCAGGACCACUUUUCAGAGCAGCUACGUAACGGCAAACUGUUUCCCAACUACGAAUAUCUCAUUUUGCCCGGGGCCACUAUCACUCAAGGCCCUCUCGCCGACCCUAAGGAUAGCUCUGUCAGUACCGCAUUAGAGACACUGGUGUGCAGUACGGUUCAGAAUGCACUGAUGCUCCUGUUGCCGCAGGGCCACACUGCUGCUAGUGCCAUGGAAGCCUUUCCCCAUAAUUUCCAGCUUAUUCACUUCGCCUUGUUCUAUUGGUGUGCCCUUGAGAUAUGCCGAAAGAACUACACCGUUGUGGUCAACGUGGGGUACGACCUUCUUAGCUUGCACGAGCGUCGCCCACUCUCGCCAAACCUACACGCUGCCCUACUGUCGUAUAUGGUGGAGGCGUUAAUCCACCUCAAUGAACCCGAACGCGCCCUGAAGGUGCUUCGUCGUUCGUCCCUCUCCAGCCUCGUUCUCGGUUCCUCGUCGGAGCCCCUUGACAGCCACCAGCAAGGUCGUGUGGAGGCGCUUUUCGUCAACCUGGCCAUCACACAUAUCGCAAAUGGUCUGUGGAAUCAGGCCACCUCCGUUGUAGAGUCGCUCUUGGCGAAGGUUUACGAGGGCCGCGCGGCCAAGGAGAAGGAGGGAGGAGGAACGACUAGCAACACCGGCAACCAGAGUGUGGUGCUUGCGUAUCACAUGCUAGUCAUUUUCCUAGAGUUAGCGCAGGGCAAUCAGGAAAAGGCCAAGGAGGCGCUGCUGCGCGUCUCAUGGGUCGCCUGA